AUGAAAAUCCUCCCAUAUUUAGGAAUUUUUGUUUUUGCUGUGGGUCGUGGAGUGGGUACACGAUCUAAACCCAGAGGUCAUCUUCAAUAUUUUGGAUCUCAUCAGUCUGCAGAGGGAGAGAUUGAAACACUGAGCAAAUUUCCAACUCCAGAGGACUUUUACGAUAUGUAUGUGCUACCCAGAAUUCCUGUCAAGUUCCGUCAAGUCCUCGAUGCACACAACAUGCCAGCCUUUAGUCUAUGGACGGACGAUUACUUGCACACUACUUUUGGACGGGAAAUUAUGUAUGCUGAGUAUGGAAAAAAGGAAGAUAUGGACAAUUCGUACCGUUAUUACAGACUAGCCGAUUUCAUGUAUGAUUACACCUUUAAGGACAUCUACAUGUAUCAAGAUGUCCCAAAGAGCAUGCAGGCAAAUGUAAGUUUGCCGUUUUGUUUGUUAUGCUCCUUUGAGCGCAUGAUCCAGCGUGUGAUCGUCUGGAUGAGCAGUGGAGGUAUUCAGACAAUUCUACGGAAGGACAUCUUUGAAAGUGUCUACUGUCUACUAGACGGAACAAAAGAUGUCUACCUCAUAGACAGCGGACAAGGAGAUUUAGUGGAGAAGCGACAUUGGAACGAGGCUGGUGCAUAUAGCGAAGUGGAUGUAGAACACGUAGACAUGUUCCGGUUCCCAGAAUUCCAAAGUAUUCAAUGGUGGAAGUCCAGUUUAAAUUCUGGAGACUGUAUCUACAUACCCAAGGAUUGGUAUCACCACAGUCGCAGUGGAGACCAGAGAACUCUAGUCAUCAGUUACCAAUUCCUGCGUCCGCUCUACUUUAAUGUUUCAGGAUGUCCACGAGUCCAAAGUAUAGAGAAAAUCCGGAACAUGACAACUGUUACUCUUCUUUCAGAUCUAGAAAAGAAAAGGAUAGAUAUGUUGAGUAACUUUGAGGGUUUGGCCGAGGUACAGCUGUCAGACCUGGAACAGCUGAUUCGUCUCCGUAAGGAUCAGGACGGCGAUUAUAUAAGGUUUUUCAGACUGGUGGACAAAAAUAAAGAUCGAAGACUGACUUGGGAUGAACUUUACAAUUUUGAAAUGAAAAUCGCCAUGACUGUUGCCAAGUCGCUGUUUCGUGUUGAAAAACGCGUGAAAGAGAAACCAAGCUACAAGGUUCAACUCAACUUCGCAAGUCCGCAGGCGCAGAGACUGUACGAGGAAGUCCAUAGCCACGCCCACGACGAACUCUGACGAGGAUCGGGAUAUUUUUCAUAUGUAUUUGAUGUCUAUU